AUGUCGGACUUCUUCCGCAGAGCAUCUGAUGCGCUCCAGCAUCGGCAGCGUCAAGGCUCUGCCGAUUCGACGGAUGCACCCACGUCCCCCAACGCAGCUAAACAACCUGAACAAGAUAUGGCCAAUCAGCAGGUCGGGGCUACUCAGCCCGAAUCUCGCGUGAACGAGGCGCCGGCCGGUGGAGCGACUGGCAGUGACGCUCAUCCCAAACACCGCUAUUGGGUCUGGGGACACCGUCAGGAGAAUAAGCCCCAGCAAACGCAGCAAUCCAACCAGGGCCGAAAAGAUGAUACCGAUUGGGUUAUUGGCACGUAA